AUGAGUAACCAAACUAUGUAUUUUAUCAUUAAGGGAAUUUCCUCUAAUCCGGCACUACAAGCACCUAUCUUCUGUUUGGUUCUGUGUAUUUAUAUUAUCACUGUAUCUGGUAAUAUGUCUAUUUUAACACUUGCUUGCUUGGAUAAACAACUUCACAAUCCCAUGUACUUUUUCUUGGGAAACUUAUCCCUGUUGGACAUAUCUUCCAUCACAGUUACUCUUCAUAAAAUCCUUAGUACCUUCAUUUCUGGCAACAAAUUAUUACCAUGGCAUGAAUGCAUUGCCCAGUUGUACUUUUUCAUGGCUCUACAGUGCACAGAAUUGUUGAUAUUAGCUGUUAUGAGCUAUGACCGAUAUGUUGCUAUAUGUUAUCCCUUGCAUUACACCAUGAUAAUGAACUUCAGAGUUUGUGCCAUGUUGGCUGUGUUCUGUUGGGUGUUGGGUUUUAUUGAGGUAUCACCACAUACUAAUAUACUUGCCAAAUUUUCAUGCUAUACAUCCAAUGAAGUUAAUCAUUUUUUCUGUGAUGUUUUGCCAAUCAUGAAACUUACAUGUAAUGACACAUCACUGCUAAAGCUGUGGAUUUUCACUGAAGGUGUAUUCUUUUCUGGUCUACUCCCUUUUUCUCUAACAGUCUUCCCCUAUAUUUUAAUUUUGAGAACUGUACUCAAAAUGCGUUCAAAAACUGGAAAACGUAAAGCUUUCUACACCUGUUCUUCGCAUCUCACAGUCGUCAUUCUUUUGUACUUAACCCUGUACUGCCUCUAUCUAGCACCUACCUCGGAUGAUGUUUUGGAAUCUCGGAAGCUUUUCUCUCUCUUUAACACAGCAGCUGUACCUUUGCUAAAUCCAAUUAUUUAUAGCUUGAAAAAUAAAGAUGUGAAAUCAGCCAUGAGACAUCAAUGGACUUCUUUUUAUUCCAUGAUCAGCCCAUAUUUAUCUUUUGUUCUACAGAAAAAAAGUAAAUAUUAA